AUGGAGACAAUGUCAAAAAUAGCUCCUACUCAGAAAUUCCUCUCACAUACCAGGUCCAUGUCUACCUGGAAGCACCGCUGGGCUGUCCUGACAAAAAUGAGCAACCUAUCAAAUGAGGAAUACGUGGCCAAACUUGACCUCUACGAUAACGAGGCCAAAUGGCGCGGUAACUCCUCAGACAAGGCGACCUUCGUUUUGGAGAACGUGACUUGCAUCCGGCCGGUCAAAUCCAAAACACACAAGUACGCCUUCGAGGUGAUCGAGGAGCAUCCUGUGUUGGUUAUCAGUGGAACCACAGAGCUGGACUCCUACAGCUGGGCCGUUUCAUUACAGCAGAUCUUCACCCCGGACAAAAUCGAGGUUAAGAAAGAUUGCUAUAACGUGACCGUUGCUGAAAACGAAGAUUCCAGAAAGUGGCACCUAGCCGGACACCACACCUUGACCGUCUCGGAGGCGGGUCUCAGCCUGGAGAACUCUGAGGGCACUUGUGUGGUCAGCUGGGCCCUCAACUCUCUGGUCAGAUUUAACGUGGAGCCGGGAACUGUUUCUGGACAUAGGUCAUCUCUGGUUAUCGAAUGUGGACCAAAAUCCCCAACUGGGCACAGUUUCUUUAAUCUGCUGUCGGAUCAAGCAGAAGACAUCCUGGGCGCUAUUCGACAGUCCAUCUGCUUGGCGUUGACACUGAAGCAAAACGUUCGAAUGUCCUCCUCUGCUAGACACAGGAGUCCGUCUGUCACUAAUAGUGAGAAAAGUUUCCAAAGACUGUAUGAAAGUCAGUCAGUUGUCCACCACAAUCCCCAAACAACUGCUCAACACAACACUCGAUCUGCUCCCCAGCCAAUCCCCAUGGGUAGAUCCGAUUCCGGUAGCUCCAUGUGCAGCUUUGACUCCCCGGGCAGAUAUGCGCACUCACCGAGCUCAUCGUUGACUACCGGCCACUUCAGCGCAGAUUUUAGCUCAUUCUUGGAAACGGAAGAGGAGGGUGAACCUCAUAUUUGUCAUUUAGACCGAGAUCUUGCAUCAGCUGACGCCACAUCCUGUGAGAAAGUGACAAUCUGUGGUCGUAGACGUAGCUUGUCUCAUCCUGAGAAUCAAUACAUGGGCAACAGUGAUUAUAGUGAAAUCAAAGAUAUCACAGACGAGUUGAAGUCAGUCUCCAGGAGAAACACUAUCAGUUGCGAGCCUGCAGACGUGGACUUUGACCGCCUUCGAUCUGUGUCCGCUGUGGUAGCAUUGCUGAAAGCCAACAACAUCAAGAAGUCUGUAGGCUUGCCAUCACCACCGAAUAAGGGCGAUGACAAAUCUGACUUUGAUUCAGCAUUUUCCUCAAUGGCUCUGUCAGAAGCCAAUGAAGAUCUCCGUAGAGAAGAUGAACAACCUUGUUCUGAUAUCGUCUGUGCAGUCGGGCAGUGUUCUUGUGUCCUGGCCAGACGACGAUCAAGCAGCACACCAGAUCUGCAGGCCUACUGGAAGAUGAAUAAAUUUGAGAACGUGUAUGAAGAGCUCAGCGAGUUGGGGGCUUCUGUACGAAGGCUUAACCAGAAACACGAGCCGGAGACGCCACCAGAGCUGCCGGCCCGACCAUUCUUAGCAAACUCUUCCCCUACCACCAUCAUCAACACAAAGGGUGCUACAACCAAGAAAAAGGCUCUCUUAAAGAUGCGGGGGAUGCGCAGCUUCCAAGAAGACAAUGACACAACUGAUCGUCUUUGUGUCUGUGACAACGUUAGAACUUCAAGAUCGCCUUUAAGUGAUGGACAAUGUGUUGCCUGCCAUUGUGACGAGACCACUGACAGAUGCAAGACGAGUCUUUCAGAAAAGUCUCCUAAAGUGAAACACACAGACAGCCUAUUUUCUGCCAUAAAUGAUAUAAACUCCAUCAUUCUUCAAGUACAAACUGUGAAGCGUCGCCGAUCUUCAGACAUCACACCCGUAGCUGCUUCCUUCAUCUCGAGCAACAGCUCGGAUAUAAACUACUCUUCAAUUGCGAGUCAGCAACGUCAGAGAGACGAUUUAUCAGGGUUUUCUAGAUGGACGUCUGCAACUCCUGUCAAUUUGAUCGACCUACAAAACAACAGAGACGACUUUCAACAACAACAUCCAGCAUCUGCAUUUCUGCCAAAUCAAGCUCAGAACGAUAUUUUAGAUUCACUAACACACUUCUUCCUCGGUGAUGUGACUUCGGUGCAACACCAGUGGUGA